CUUGAGACAACCAAGACGCUGGAAGAAACGGAGUAAGUCUUCAUAUUUGAUCAUUUAUAUAGAAAUUUACUGUUUAUAUCAGCAAUGUGAUAUGCAAUAUUAAAUGGAUUAUUUACAAGAACUCACAAUAGACCUGAGUUAACGUUUGUUGUAUUUGUUGUGUAACGUUUGUUAUACAGUAUAUAAGUUAAUCGCUAAAACAUUUUCAACGUUUCGACUUUAUUAUCUUCAGUCAUCAAAGUAAACUAAAGGUGGCUCCCUACAGUUCUCUACAAUUCUAGGUAUUUUGAGUAACGUUCGCUUUCAACCGAAUUUAUAUUAAAUACACGGCUUAAGACAGGGCAAUAUGAUCAUUUCCAGAAAAGUUCAGAAGCUGUGUGCUGUCCAUUUAUGAACAAAGUAAAACAGUGUUCGUGUUGCCAUGGCAACCAUGACGUUUAAUCUUUUGCACUUUUAUUGUCUAAUUUCACAAUAAAUUGACAAUAUCUAUAUUUUCCUUCUGUGAAUUUUUCUGGAAAUUUUUUUGAAGAUUUAUGGUCCAUAAAGGAAAAACAUAUCAAAAUUUGAAGGGAGGUUUACAAAUAAGUUUUCGAGAUAUUCGUUACGGUUACAAAAAAAGUUAUUUGUAGAAUUUCUUAAAAUUUGGGUAUGUUGUACCACUCGUCUUGUAUAACAAAAAUACAAAGUUUAAAAAAAUUUCCGGCGAAGAAAACACGAGAAAAUCAUCGCUAAAAUCGGCGCGGCCAGCAUGAAAAAAAAUCGACUCAACAUUAGCACGAUCUGCGCAUGCGUGUAAAUUGUAGCGUGUGAUUUAUAGUGAUUUCAACUUUUUGGCUUACAAUACAUACGAAAACAGAUAUUAUUGACUUGUUUGACAUGAAAAUAAAAUAUUAAUCUUGAAAAUACUAAUAAUAAAAACACUAUUACGCAUUGUAUUAAAUCCAGUGUUUCUUUACAUUUGUUUUUGUUGUUAAUAUCGCUGUGAAAACUUUUCAAAACAUCGAACUACAAGUUUAUUAACUUUUCAUAUAAAACAACUCAUAACUGUUUUAUUUGAUUUAGCAGAUAAAACGAUACCUGUGAAUUGAAUUGAUUGACAGGACUUACAUAAGUUUCGGCGACAGUUCACUACUGUUCAAGAGUUAAUAGAAGACAGUAUCAUUUCAGUGUGACAGUUCGUAACAUUACGAAAGACAAUGCUGAACGUAAAUACGUAAAAACACACUAAAAGAUAGGUUAAACUAGAUAAUAACAUACGUACUGUUCGAAUUCAGAAAAAAUUAGGAUUAUAAUGAAAAACUGGCAUGCAUACCUAAUUUUAAGAAUUUUUUAUCACUGCACAUUUUUGUGCAAAGUUUAGCCGAGCAGAAGCACGCCCUGAAAAUUUCUGAACACACCCUUAUAAAAUGUGUAACAACAAAGCAGGCUACAAUUCAUAUUCAAAAAUGCCAAAACGAACAUACACUGCACAGCAAUCAGGGAAAUUUUGGGGCCGAGGACAAACUUUGACUUGGGGGCUCUCGUGAUUCCAUGUUCUAACACUAUGAUUAAAGGGGUCCUGGUGCAUCCCUCUGUUGAAAUCUGAGGUCCCAGAAAUGGCCAUAUCCUGCAUUCUGGAAGUCUAGUUGACAGUUAUAUCUAUGCGGUAUAUUUCACUGCAAUUCUUUGUUUGGGCCCCCCUUUAACUCGGGUCCCAGGGCAAAUUGCAACCCUCUGGGCGGCCUUGACAGCACCUGCAGUUACGACUAUCUAUGACAGCUUAGUUUCAUAAUAACAUGACUGAAGAAAUUAAAUAUUUUCCUCUUGGCAAAUGAAAGGCGGCUUACGCGGGCUUUGGCGUGACAAAUCUCUAGAGGAGUUCCAGGGACAUCCACCCACAGACAAUUUUGUAAUCUAGGUACUAUAAAAGGGCAUCUCCUGCAAUGCGUGGGGACAUUCUAUAGAAUUAUGAAAAUUAUACAGUAAUUACAAAAUCUUAAGUAUCAUUCACUCCAUCUUCCAAACCCAUAAAGAGAUCUUUCGUGAGAGACUUUGUUCAUCUGAUGAACCAUAAGUAUGUUAUUAGUGCGGACGUUUAAUUUGGCAGUCAUCAUUUCAAUUCCAAUUAAAUCAUUCUCAUUCAAAAUGUUUCGCCGGAUUAGUUCAGAUUAGUUUUUCUGCUCAUUGACAUUGUCUCAUUUUCUUGUGUUAAUUAACAACUUAUCAAAGCAAAUUUUAUCACUGCACAUUUUACAUUUUAUCACUGCACAUUUUACUUUUAUCACUGCACAAAUUAGUUAUCACUGCACACACUUUGUAGAUAAAAACGAAAAAAAAAAAUUAAAAAUAUAUAUAUAUAUAUAUAUAUAUAUAUAUAUAGAAAGACACAAAAACUUAGCAAGCUUUGUUUGACAUAUUUUAUUACUAUACAGUUUCGUACCACGUAAAACAAGAUAAAAACUAUAUAUAUAUAUAUAUAUAUAUAUAUAUAUAUAUAUAUAUAUAUAUAUAUAUAUAUAUAUAUAUAUAUAUAUACAGCUGAUUCAAUUAAGGUUGUCCUUCCAAAACCUUAAACCUUAAACUCUGAGCGCGCAAGGGAUGAUGGAUUUUCACCUAUUAAACCCUUAAACUCAGAAACUUGCCUUUGCAGGAAGUAUGUUUGCUGUUAUGAGUCUUAUAUAUGCCUCAGGUUUUCUCAGGUAUUCUUGCAAAGCCAAAUUUCAAAAUUUAUGAGUUUAAGUAAGCAAUAACCCAUCAUCCCUUGCGCGCUCAGAGUUUAAGGUUUAUGCUUUUGGAAGGACAACCUUAAUUGAACAAGACGCUCUAUAUACGGAGCGUUAACUCGCUGGGGCUAUACUGAACAACGCACAUUAGUGUACAAUGUACAUGAUACAUAAAGUACACAGCUACUUCAAGAUUUAAGGUUUUCCCCGAGGGAAGCGGAAAAGUCGAACACGAGCGUGAAAGGCUUAAUUUGAAAAAGUCUUUUUAUUAGAUCAAAAGAUAAAAAUACAUAUCUUAUGUUACAAGUAAAUAUUAAGAAUACAUUAGUAAAGUUUACAUCAUAUGAAUAGGUUAUAUAGUUAAAAAUUAAUCUAUUUGCAAACGACAAUUUAAAACGUUCCGUGUUCACUCUUGGAUACUGACUAAACUCUGUCCUCAAAGAGUAGCUUGUGGAUUUUUUUCUUGGUAUCAAGUCGACUAUGGCAGUCUUCUGAUUUACAGAAGCUUUAAAAAUAUUUCUGUCUUGUAUUUCUAAAAGAUAUCUAAUAUUUACAGGUUCUGAUCAAUAUAGCCUACUUUCGCUUAAAACAUCUGUCAAAAAAACCGUUGUAGAGUACUGAGUUCGGCUGGAGAAGAACCGUAGACGGACAGGCCAAACGUUAUAGUAGAUAUUACUAGGGUCUUAAAUAGAUAAUCUAUCUCACAUUGGCUAUAGCCUUCUGCCCUGAGUGUUCGUAUAACGUACAAGCAUUUGUUUGCUUUGAGCAAUUUACCUCGCACAUGACUGGUGAACUUGAGAUUGUCUUGAAAAGUAGUACCUAAAAUGGGAAGUUCUUUGCAUUGGGGUAUAUUAUAAACAUUGUCGAGUUGAUCAUUAUAUCCCUUCUUCCGGAUGAUAAGCUCUUUACAUUUACCAGGGUUACAAGUCAUAAAAUUAUCGUCAAACCAGCUCAGGAAUUGUCCAACUGUAUCUGUUGAUGUAUCAGGACCGUCACUCCAAACUGGCACUAUUAUAUUUGAAUCGUCCGCAUAUUUAAAAAGAGCGUUCACGCCGUCUAUGUCCACCUCUAAAUCAUUUAGGAAAAUAUUAAAAAGGUAGGGGCCACUUACGCUCCCCUGUGUUGUACCCUUAUUAACAUCCAUCCAUUCUCCACAAAAGUCGUUACAAACGACUCUUUGCUUUCUAUUCUUUAGAAAAUUUAAAUACCAAUUUAUGAUAUAAGGGUUGAGUGGCGCAUUUUUUAACUUUUCCGAGAGGAGUGAAUGUUUCACGGAGUCGAAAGCCUUGUUAAAAUUCAUAGAAAACAGUCUAACUGCUUUGCAGUCCGCUCUAUCUAAGAAGCUGAGUACUUUGUUCUGAAUAGUCAACAGAGCGUUUGUACAACUUCCCCCCUGCCUGUACGCAAAUUGCGUUGGGGAUAAAAUUUCCUCAACUGUCGACUUGACCUGACUAUUAUAAACGAGCUUUUCGAAGGUCCUCGCAAUUACAGGUGUAAUAUUUAUUCCACGAAAGUCACCAUCUUCCUUUGGUAAAUCAACCUUUGCAAGAGGGUUAAUAUUCGCUCUUUUCCAUGAAUCUGGCCAAGUAUGUGAUGAGAGGGACAAAUUCCAGAUGUUAGUUAUAACUUCAGUUAGAAUUUCAACAUGAUCAUUCCAAACCCAAUAGGGAAUAUAAUCGGGACCUGUUGCUGUCCUCUUUAUUCUUUUCAAGGCAUUCCAUACCUGCUGUUCCGUAAAGCUAGGAAUAUCUACUUCAUCACCAAUAAUUGAGAGCGUCGGUUCGACAUAACUAUCAUCGUGGCAGAGUUCGCCAAAGUAGCGAUUUGAUCUUGUAAGUGAUGCAUUAUCUAAAGUAACUCUUGAUGACGAUGCAUUUCGCUGAGAAAUAUCAUUCGUCUUUCUCCACCAAGUUCUACUUCCCAUCAAGGCCCUAAAAUGUAUUCUGUUUAGACAAAUGACAUCAGAAAUCCUUUUGUUAAUUAAACUGAGUCUAUCCUUUUGCGACCAAGCAAUUCUGGAUUUAGAUUUUAGCAAAGAUUUAAUUAAAGGACUAAUCCAGUAAGGGUCACGUGACGAAAUUGAGACUGUUUUGUGGGCAUACAUUUAUUCAUAUGAUCCAUGAUCUUACGUUCAAGACAACUAACAGCGUCAUUUACAUUCGUGGACUCCGAUACAUCCUCCCAAUCUUCUUCUGCUAAAGCUUUGUGGAAAUCUUCCUUUCGAUGCUUUCUAAGCUUUUCUACAAUCCCGAUUAAUAAAAUGCGGUAGGCCCUACAAGUAAAGUUAUAUAGAACGCUACAUUCUUCUUCAAAACUGUCAGCCGCCAGUUGGUCUAGGAUUAUUAAACUGCGCUUUAAAACGUUCAGAAUAAAAUAUUUGGGGGCUUUUUGGCUCAAAAUACUAUCAAAAUGAAGCGAGAAGUGAGACGAAUCCACUGGUAUACGGCCGAAAACAGAAAACCAAUGAUACCAAAGUUAUCAAGGAUCAAACGUACUGCAUUUUUUUAUAAUUAGUUUAAUGAAUUAUUAAUUUUGAGCGCCGAUUGUCAAUACAAUUUCGCUUGGCUUUCAAAGACAAAGGCCAUAAAUCGCUAGAACACUGUUGUUUAGUAAUACAUUUGACAUCCGUAUAAUUAGUACAAUUUCUAACGCUGAAUCGAACGGUGGUAUUUUUAUCCUUAUUGCGCCAUUAGGCAUUACAAAUACACUAUGAAACGUACUGCAAGUGAUUUGUCAAUACGUAUACGUACUGUACUGUGAGCGAUUUUCAACAAAUACAAUUUCGCUUGAUUUUCAAUUCAAAGGCCAUAAAUCGCUAGAAUACUGGUGCUUAGCAACACAUUUGCCAUCCGUAAGUAAUAUUUCUUACGCUGAAUCGAACGGUGGUAUUUUUAUCCUUAUUGCGCCAUAGGCACAUGCAGAAUAAGGCACACAGAAGGGCCCCCUGGCCGCCAUCUUCCUAGCCAGUCGAUUACAUUUUCUGGCCAAUAAACGCGCUGUAUUGGCUGGCCGCCAUCUUCCUGGCCAGUCAAUUGCAUAUUUUUGCAUGGAAAUUGCUAGAUAGUAUACUUCAAAAUAAGGUUUCCGUUUUUAUAUCAUUUUUUAAAUAAGUUAGGGUUAGGUUAGGGUUAUGGUUAGGUUAGGGUUGGGGUUAGGGUUAAGUUUAAUGUUAGGGUUAGAGUUUAGUUUUGCGUUAGGAUGGUUUUUUCUACGUUAUAAAAACGGAAAUCUUAUUUUGAAGUAUACUAUCUAGCAAUUACCAUUUUUGCAUAGAAAAAUGGUGACACGUUGCACCGCUGAGUGGAGUUCUGGUACUGAUCUUUAUUCUGUGCCAUAGGCAUUACAAACACAAGGACGUACAAACCUGUGGACAAACGUAGUGCGAGUGAUUUGUGGUCAAGAAUUCGUACUGCGAGCGAUUUGUGAACAACACAAUUUCGCUUCAUUUUCAAAGGCCAUAAAUCUCUAGAAUACUGGUGUUUAGUAAUACACUUGUAAGUACAAUUAAUUUCUUACGCUGAAUAGAACGGUGUCGCUUUCUUCUCAAAAUAUACACUUCUAUAAAAUAUAACAGCUGCCUCCUCCACAGGCGUCUCUUGGUCUCUUACAGGAGUUACAGCGCGAACGCGAAAGGAAAGUAGAUGAAAAGCAGAUGGAAAAGCGGCGAGAGAAUGUGGCUCGCCAGAAAAAGGCGGCGCGAGAAAAAAAGCGGCGCGAAGUGCGGCGCGCGAGGGAGAGCGGGAAGGGGAAAGUAAGUAAAAAGUAAGUAAGUAAGUAAGUAAAAACUUUAUUUGUCUACGCUAACCCCUACAGCAAGAGCUGAUUUCCAAGAGGGGCGUAGGUUUAAAAAUACAAACGUUACACUCAAUUAGGAUAAAUAUAUAUAUACAAGACUAACACAUUACAAUACAAUUAUACAAUUAUAAUUACUCUACUAUGGUCAAAUAAAUAAAAUUUCAUAAACUCAUUAUCUAACUGGCCAGGUGCCGCACACCCAAGUUAAAUUGACUAAGAGAACAUUUAUUUCUUAGUCUAUCUGGGAGGCCAUUCCACAAUUUUGCUCCUCUAUAACUAAGACCUUUUUUAAGAUAUUCGGUCUUAGGUUUGGGCAGAUAGAGAUUUGUGGCAUAACCUCGUAAGUUAUAGAAAUUUGUGGCAUACUGACCUCGUAACUUAAAGAAAGAAGGAGGAGACGCCUGCGAGAUUUGUUGUCGACUUCUUGGCAAUCUUUAAGAUUUCUUGUCAAUGGUUCCAAUGUAGUUUUCAGACUUAAUAUUUCCGCCCUCCCUCGCGCGCCACCUUUUUUUCUCGCGCACCGCCAUUUUUCUCGCGCGCCGCCUUUUCCUCUCGAUCGCGAAAAAUUAAUAAUGAAAACGAAAGUAUAUUAAAGAGACGUCUGGGUACGAGGCAGAUAUAACAGUCGAAGGUUGCUGUUUCCAUGUCGAAAUUCCUUGUAAAAUUUUUCAAUUUUCCCGAAUUUUCCUCAAAAUGCAUGGUUAUUUAUGGAUAAUUUGGGUAAAAUUGGCAGGAGUAGGUUUGUGUAUACGAAACGCAAAGAGUGCUCAAUUAAUAUCAUAAAGAUAGAGCAAAUGUAGAAUUUCGCUUACCUCAAAAUUCCGCAACAGUCUGUUUCAUCAGUAAAGAAUCAUCAGGCGGAUACCACCCUCGACUUUUUACCCUCGACUUUUUACCCUCACCCUCGACUUUUUACCCUCACCCUCGACUUUUUACCCUCGCCCUCGACUUUUUACCCUCGCCCUCGACAUUUUACCCUCGACACUCGACCAAUAGAUAAACUCGUUUUCCAACGGCAAUGAUGUCACAUGCUGUGACUUACCAGAUCACGGCCAUGAUGAAGAAUGUGCAUGAAACGUUGGGUCGUGAAUACAUUUUGGUCGGGGAUUGCCUCCCUCCCCAAAUACUAUAGAAUCGAGAUGUAUUAAAUGUGUUUUUUUACGUUUGUAGAUAAUGGGAGCAGAAUCCAGCAAAUCCGGCGAAUGUCAUCACAAUGAAGGUUUGUUUAAGUCAGUUCUGAUAGCAGUUAAUUAGCACCUAGGGCUGGUUAUAUAAAACUCUUAACUAUCAUAUAACUACCCGUUUAAUAAUAAUGAACUUUAUUUUAACAAGAAUUACAUGCAUGAUGAACUAAUUAAGUUUUUCAUCUUCCCAAAAGCACAGUUAACUACAUGAUUAGUUAACUAUCCGUCUAACUACACUUUGUGCAACGCAGUUAAGUCAUGUAGUCAACUAACUACAGUUAAGGAUUUAACUGCCGUAUAAUAGUUAACGCUAACUGCAUGCAUGCAGUUAAUUUUAACUACGUUUUUAUACAACCGGCCCCUAUACGCUCCAAGCACUGUGUGACUUGCCUGCUGUUUGCAAUGUUGUUGAGAAAAUCUAAAAAAAUACGGCUCAGGAAAUCUAAAUAUAUUCCUGCAAUGAAAACAACUUACUUGCAUUAUGAGAAGUGAAGUACUAGAUUUGGGUGUUAUACUGGGUAAGGAUAUUUUGGUCCGUAAGCUUCAGUUUUGUAAAAUCUGUGUUUUCAAAUGUUUCUCAAUAGUUCCUUUUGUUCCUGUCGAGGACGUUGCCAUUGGUGAUGGAGAUAUUCGUCGAUUGUGGUCUUACAAUAGUACAUCUGGGGGUAAAUACGUAUAUAUGACAAAUGACACAGUGACUGCGCCUGGAGGUAAAGAGUUAUCAAUUUAACAAUAUUCUAUUUCACAUACCAAUGACCCUACAUUGCUUUCUUCUCUCCAAUAAAUUAUCGUUUCCUUGAGGGUCUUUGCAUGAUCAGCGAAUGUGUCUUAAAUCUGGUUCGAGCACUCCAACUGCCAACUGCGUAUAUAAAUGAGUGAACAAGUUACAUGACGACUCACCUGUAAGUUUUCUUAAUGAUCCUCUGAUAAUGAUCAGUUUUUUCAUCUGCAGGUAGUCAAGCGUAUGUCGUGGCGGCAACUGGUGAAGCUGAAGGAACAACUAUGCGUAAGACAAUUUAUAAAAUAACAUGUAUAUAACGCGUGCUCUGAUUGGUCGAAACCCGUGUUUGGAUCAGGCCAUCCAAACACGGAAGACUACCGCGUUGUAGUUAUUUUAUAAAACAAUUACUUUAUGGUUUCCGUGUUUGGAUGGCCUGAUCCAAACACUUGGGAAUGUUGCUCGAGUUUAGAAAAGCGCGCAAAAUCACUCGCCUUCGGCUCGUGUUUCGCUCGCUUUUCUUAACUCUCGCAACAUUCCCGCGUGUUUGGAUCAGGCCAUCCAAACACGGAAACCAUAAAGUAAUUGUAUAAUACUGCAUGUAUAAUUAUGCAUGUUCAAUACUUGCUUUUUUUUUCGAAAACCAUCGUACAAACAUUGGUGAUUUGAAGAGGAAAUUUUCUUUUAUCCGCCAGCCACGCAGGCCAACCAUACGUAAUUAGCAUAAUUUCGAAAUUGUACGACAAAAUUGCUUCUUAAUGCAUCGUUCUUCUUAUCACGGAGUUCCGAAAGCUUUCCUCCAUUGUGAAACAUUUAUUCUAAUCUGUCUCUUUCGGUGUCUGUAUAGUAGCCUAAGAAACAGCUAAAAUUUAUACAAUGUCUUGUCCUGUCCGAAUACUGUAAAGUCUUUUAUUUCCUCCAUUUAACUGAAGAGUUACAAAAAUAAUAAUAAAUAAUUAUGUAUAUAAAAAAAAAUAUAAAUGAAAAUGUCAUCAAAGUAAUUUACAUAUCAGUGUUACAAUCACGACUAUAUAGUCAGUGAAAACUUCUCUCAUGCAGUUUUCAAUUACGAAUAUACUCACAUCGAAGCCAAAAGUCAAUAUUCAGACUGUCUAUAAUUGUGGCCAUGUUCGUCGGCAUACCACCAGUAAUUAACUGAACAAAUUGGUCAUUAUCCAAGAAAUUAAAAAGUACCAUAUUAUGUCGUCGGAUAAGUUAUCAGUGCUCCACGCCCACCAAUAUUAGAGAGUUUAAGCUUCGCGUUAUACGUCAAACCAUAGACAAUCCAGAAGACAAUCAAGAUGUCUUCUGGAUUGUCUAUGGUCAAACGGCAAACGCCAGGCAAAGAAAAAUUUUAUGGUAUCAGGCAAUAAAGAAUAAGUGAACUUGCUGUUUUAAAACUGAAAUACUUAAUUAUUCUUUCGACGCAAGGAAGAAAAUAUGAAACGAAAACGUUCAACGAAAAUUUUGCCAAGAAAAUUCGAACCUGCCGUUUGCCGUUCCCGGAAACGUGAAGCUUAAACUCCGUAUUCUCUCUGAGUUGCAGUGUUUAUACAAUUAUAUAACAGCAUGCAUGAUGCAUGCAGGAUUAAUCACAAACCUUUUACAAAUGGAACAAUAGAGCGAAUGCGAACAUUAUAGUUAUCAGUUCUGUUACCAUCGAUUUUAAGAGAUCCACAGAGCCGCGGACGAAUCACAUGGACAACGAUUUUAGAAUUCAUUGGAGCAAAAUCCCAGAUUUCAUACCAAAAAUUAAUGUCUAAAUGUUCAUGUGCUUGCAUAUAGAGCUUUAAAACCGGUUUUUCAUUAGGUUUUUCAGACCAAGCCAACUCUUCUUUCCCUUGUACAACUUCAUUAACAAUCCUCUUCCAGUGCUUUUUCGAUGGAAACCUUUCAGACGUUACAAAGGCCGUCAAAAAAUUCAUAAGCCCAUAUACUCUUCCAAAAUUCUAAUAAGAUCGGGAUUAAAUCCAUCUACAGCAUCAUUUCUCCACUUCCAUUUUAUCAAUGGACGUGCAAAUAAUUUUGUGAAGGUUUGUGUUGAGCUACUUGAUAAAACGAUCCAAAAAAUGCAGCUUUCUCCUACUCAUUUCUGUUUCUAAGUUACAAAGACACAUUAGACCUCCAACUCCUGCUGAUUCUGAAAUGCCCGGAAGUAGCGAUUGUGCAAUACGCAAAAUAAAUUUUGAAUUUUCUCAUUAAGGCCCGUUUCAUACGCCGUACUUCACAUGUGCCGAAUACAUUAAAGACAAUAGAUAAUGAGCUGAAAUACCUCAUUAUCUAUUGUUUGUAAUGUAUUCGCCACAUGUGAAGUACGGCGUAUGAAACGGGCCUAAGUUUAGCUAGAAAACUGUUUGAAAAUUAAGUACCACAAUUCACAACUAUAACUUAGUUGCUAUCUUUGGGUUCAGGUUUCCGACACCCCAUAGUUACAAUCAUAUCAAUGGCUGCAUAACCUUUCUUCAACACGCGAGAUCAAUUGUCGAGUAAAUUAGUUGUUGGCGUUCCAUAUGAUACCCAAAUUUUUCCACGUUGGUACUUCUUUAAUAGGCAGACUACCUAGAACCCAUUUUCUUAACGGUCAUUCUUUCUAUCAGGAUUCCGAAAGCUUUUCCCCCAUUGUGAAACAUUGGGUCGUCUCUUCCGCUUUCUGUACAUGGUGAAACAGCCAACAUUUAUACACUAUAUUGUCCAGAGAGCUUACGCUAAAACAUCUGGUUAACAUUUUUUACCAUACUGCAGCAUCUGAGUCUCAUAGCCUGUGUCACAGACCUUACAAUUAGUUAGUCCACGGUGAGGAAAGUUUCUAAAAAAAUUAGAUUAAUACAAUUUCCACUGCAUUCUGGCACUAUAUUCACUGGUCGGAAUUCUGUGUCAAAAUGAAAGGAUAUCGGCAGUCUUGUCGCUGUCGUCUUGAAGCAUGUUAGCACGUGGAACAUUAGUGUGACGUAAUCGAUCAAGGUGCCCAGGAACAAAAUAAGAACAACGAAGAAAGUGCCUGAAACUAGGCUGGAAGUCGACAAACUCGAGUCGAGGUACCAACUUUGCCGACAUAUCCGUGACAUAUUACUGAAUUUCACAUUAUUUCAUUGACCAGGUGUCUCUCUUGCCUUCAUUCAAAGUUGGCCCCACAGAAACCAGAGAUUGUAACUUAGAGUGUUUUGCGAGAAUAACGAACUAUUCUGCAUGCAUGACCUUCAUGUUUUUAUUUUUAGCUUUAACAGACAUCAGGUUUGAUCAAACACAACCAAUUCCGCUAAUGUUUGAACUAAAGUUUAAAAAGGACAACGCUUGGUACGCUGUUCACGCAUCACAUACCGAUGUAACAGCAUCUCAGGUUAGUGAGAUAUAUGUAGCUGUAUAAAAGUGAUUCUGACAUCGUUUGGUCAUUAUUUUAGACAAUAUUUUAUGCCAUCUUAAAAUAUAGUAUACAUGUUGAGUAUUGCCCAAAAUAACUCCACCUAUUCGUAACGACCAGGAAUGAUUGGUGUGAUGUUUUACUCACUCGGGCUGAUGAAAAGGCAGUUCAUUUUAGUAAACUAAUUACGAAAGUUAGAGUUAGCUAUAAUUUUAAAAUUCAGUCGAUACAACCGGACCGAGGAUGUAACGACCAAUCAUUUACUUGCCUCAGGCUGAGUUGGCAAGUGUUUAAAACUUGUUUAAUUGAGCCGUUCGUUAAUUCAGUUGCUGUCUUUAAAAUCUUACAAUAACAUCCAGUCAUGCCUGAACUUUCAUCCGAGUCAAACCAGAUAUAAUUAUGAUAUAAUGAGCCUAGAGCAGUAGAGAAUAGACCAUCAUUUUUUUAAGUUUUGAUUUUUUUGAAAGAUGACCGACGGUACAUCGUUUGAAGUGAUGGCAUUACGUUCACCCAAUCAACCAUUUGUUGUACUUCGAUCAAAUAAAAAGUUAGGCAAGGAUGACCUGUUCCUGAGCAGUGAUGGAGCGGGGAAAAUGAAACUGAAAGUUUCGAAUCAACGAAUCAGACGCCGUGCACCAGAAGUCGACCCUGCCUUGUUAUUUCGAGUGGUCAGGCCGUAAACAAAAUCUGAAAUUGGCAAUAUAUACACUCGGGCGGUCAAAAAGACUCAAAAGUAUUAGAUGAAAUUAUAACAAGAAUCAGUAAAUUUAACAUCAAUUGUGCAAACGUUUUCUGGUUAUAAACAGAGAAAGUUUACACAAUUAAUUAUGAAUCCUGGCCGGUUUCGCCUCCAAUAUUUUUAAAUUUAAAAUCAUUCAAACGUAUCAAUAAGAUGAAAAUAUAUUAGAUUGUUUAAUAUUUUGUAGCCCAUCCUUUAAUUUGUUGUAACGAUGUUUAUAUAUAGCUCAAUAUAGCAUAGUUUACUAUAAAUGACUUUUACUAUAGUAGGUUAGCCAAGUUUGUUUGACACGAUACACGCCAAGUAGAGUAAGCAUAAUGGCAAAACCUUUGCCUCAUCCCAAUGGGAAUUGUCCCUAGGGCUAGGGUUAUAGUAUUGUUCCUCUACAUGCAGUGUUUUCCCAACUUGGCAAGAUGGCGUCGAGAACUCCAAAAGGGCGCAUUCUUCCGGUACCGGAGUUUUUAGUAGUGCGUAUUCUUUAGUACAACUUUUAAUUUCAUGAUGUUAAAUAGCACCUUCGUUAUGGCUUCGUAUGCGUUAAAUUACACCUUGUCGGCUUGUGAUGGUACCGUUAUAUAUACACAGUCAAAAUACAAUACUGUCCCACUUUCGUUUCGAUCUAUUGUGAUUUCCUAUAAUAUGUUGUUUUUGUUGUAUUUUUCUG